CUAUUUUCAAGAUAAGAAGGCAGAGCACAAUUCACAAACAACAAAGAAAAACACAAGUGAGAUGUCGGACGAGGAGCAUCAUUUCGAGUCCAAGGCCGACGCUGGGGCAUCCAAAACCUAUCCUCAACAGGCCGGUACCAUUCGCAAGAACGGUUACAUCGUUAUCAAGAACCGUCCUUGCAAAGUUGUUGAGGUAUCCACCUCCAAAACUGGAAAGCAUGGACAUGCCAAGUGUCAUUUUGUCGCGAUUGAUAUUUUCACAGGAAAGAAGCUAGAAGAUAUUGUCCCAUCAUCUCACAAUUGUGAUGUUCCUCAUGUUAACCGCACAGACUAUCAGCUGAUCGAUAUCUCUGAGGAUGGUUUUGUGAGCCUUCUGACUGAAAGCGGCAACACUAAGGAUGACCUGAGGCUUCCCACAGAUGAAAAUCUUCUGAGCCAGAUUAAGGAUGGAUUUGGGGAAGGGAAAGAUCUUGUUGUAUCAGUCAUGUCAGCUAUGGGAGAGGAACAGAUAUGCGCUCUUAAGGACAUUGGCCCAAAGAACUAAUCUGGCCCGUACAUCUGAAUACUUGCUUUUAAGUAUGCACAAGAAGAUGGAAAUCGCCUGAUUAUUACCCUAUUCAAGCUGCAUUAUCCAGAGUUUUAUGACCUCCAGGAUAUGAACGCCAAUAAUUUCAUGGAAGAUCUGUUGGAGAGUUGGGCAUGAACGUACCAUGUUAUGUUUUAUGUUCUCUCGAUUAUGUUCUUCCGAGCUGGACUUCAAUGUAUUAUGUUCUUUACCCACCAAAGUUGGAUCCUGAUAAAUAUCAAGUUUAUUACAUAAUUUUAGGGAAGGUUUUAAGGGUGUGUUUGACUUGAACAUGGAAUCAGAAUUGGAACGAGAAUCAAAUAUUUGGUUGUUGGUAAUAGUAAUUGGUUUUGGUUGUUGGUAAUAGUAAUUGGUUUUGGUAAA